GCAGGGUUCUGCACACUCACAUGGUGUGGCGUGGGUGUGAUGGAAAGAGAGGGCGGUUUUUGCCGCGCCUUUCUGGAUUUCUGCGACCUGAACGAUGGCAUGCAAUUGUACAAAUUGCUUGACACGACAAAAAGUCGCAAGCCUACGGCAAAGGACAAAGAGGCAUCAAUUCAAGAUGAGGUAACAGCUGCCAUUGUCGUAGCGUGGUGUGCUGGGGAAACCAGCGAAGGUUUGGAGUUUGCCUUAAAAGCGGUGAGAAAAUGGAGUACAAGGUAUCUCGAACGGAAUGCCAAAGUUCGAUGGAUGCUAACUCCAAUGCUAUGGCUGACGGCACGAACAAGGCAGCUUGCCAUGAAGCUUGAUGCCAAGUCAGACUCUAGGAGGUUUAGAGAAAGAGUGGUGGAGGUGUCAAGAGAGGUUUUCACACAGCUACAUCGAGACAAAGACAGACGUGAGGGAGCUCUAGUAAUCAGCUGCGAACUCCUCCGGCUGUACUUCAGUCUGGGACAAGUAUCUCAAUGUGCAUUUGUUUUGACCACAGUUGGCGCAGCAUCGCAAAACAACGCGUUUGACCCAGUGAAGUUGCCAAAGUCCUUGCUGGUGACAUUGUACUUUCUUUGGGGCAGGCAUCUGGUGAUGGCCGGCAAGAUCGAGGAGGCUGAGGAGAAGCUUAGCCAGGCUUUGUCCAUUUGCCCACCUAAGGCUGGUAGGAACCGACGCAUGAUUUUGCUUUACUUGGUUCCCUGCCGCUUGAGACUUGGACGUUAUCCCUCGCGAGGUCUUUUGGAACGCAACAGGCUUCAAAGUCUGUCUGGAAUCGUUGCAGCGACAUCGUCGGGCAACGUAAGGCAGUUCAAUGAGGAGCUUGAACGCCAGGAGCAAGAGUUGGUUUGCUGCGGAACGUACUGGGUGGUGGAGAAGCUGAGGGUUGUGGCUUAUCGGAACCUUGUGCGCAAUGUGUUUGACUUGGCUCGCACGGACGGUGCUGUGAAGUCGAAACAGGACCUGGAGCCUUUCGAACAGGCGUUCCUAUGGCAGGACGAUUGCACUCCGAAGGAGACAUCGUGUCUGCUGGCUCAACUGAUCUAUCUUGGUGCUGUACGCGGCUACCUCUCCGAUACUCACCGAAAAGUGGUUUUCUCCAAGGAAAUGCCAUUUCCACCAGUGAGUGCAUGGUCAAUGAAAGCUUGAGACCGCUAGUGGACGCGGCUUGGCUCUGCUGCUAGUUAUUCGGAUAAAAUCUGGCCCUUGCUGAGUGCUGAUGUGUUGC